GAUUAUAUAAAAGAAAUCGCCAUAAAGAGCUAUCGGAUUACUCGGAACAACUUCAGACAAGAUGUUACUUCGCGUGUUUAAUCUAAUCAGCUUUGGUGCAUUCGGAUUGUGCAUGGCAAAGGAACAAAUGCUUCCUGUAACUACAUGCCAUCGGGAUGCGACAGAUUAUUCUACCUGCUUAAGAGACGCAAUACAAGAAGCAUGGCCACGAUUUAUUCAAGGACUUCCGGAAUUCAACUUUCCCCCCAUAGAUCCUGCGUUUUACGAUCAUCAUUAUGUCACCAUUCGUAAUGGAGUAUUAUACGUCAAUGCUCACGCAGUUAAUACUACUUUUAUCGGUUUUGCGAACGCUCGGUUUUUGGACGCAAAAGCAUAUUUUACUGACAACAUAUUCCACUUGGAAAUUGACUUUCAAACGCCACAAAUCAGCUUGGAGGGCCUACUUAACCUGAUAGGCAGUGUGGGUCCGUUCAGAGUGAAUAGCACAGGACAUUACAAACUAGUUAUCACAGACCUCAAAAUAAGAUGGGACAUAACGGGUCCUGUAGCAGACGACAGAUGGAUUCCAGAACAUUUUAUUAUAAUUCCAAGACUUAAGAAAAUGAAGGGAUAUUUCACCGGUUUCCUUGGCAGCGAAGAAUUCGAUAAACUAUUCCAAGACUUUGCAAACGAAUACUGGCCGGCGCUAUUUCGAGCAAUAGGACCAAUUGUGAUGAAAAAUUUGGACCCGAUGUUUGUCGAAAUGAUUACUCCCUUAUUUUCGAACGUUUCCUUCUCAAAAAUAUUUCCAAAAUAACCUUCAGAAAUUUAUUAAACAUGAAGAAAUGGCAGGCUGCGUAGGAUCUCUAAAAUCAUAUUCAACUUCAUAUAUAUAUAAUAAAUGGAAAAUAAUUUCAUUAUAAUAUUUAGCACAUGAAAGAAAAUUAGUUCUCUCAUAAUGUUUUAUUUCUAUAGUAAAUUCAUAUGUAAAACAUAUAUGUUUUCUGAAUUCGUAACAUAUCCUGUUGUAUAUGGUAUAUUUUUCAAGAAAUUGUAGACAAGAAAUAAAAAUUGAAAACUUUAGUUCUCGGUUAUGAAGGGCAACAAAGUGUUGCAACAAAGUGUUGUUGUUGUCCUUCAUUGCACACAUUAACAAGACUUUAUUAUUACAAUGUACAAAAAUAUACUGAAUAAAUAAUUUUAUAAUCGGA